AUGCGGUUGUACCAUGUUCGCUGGGCUCUGGCCAUGGCCAUGGCCUGGGUGUCGAGUGAGGCCACAACCUACUCACCCGUGAAGCCUCCCUCGUAUCCGUUGGCCGUCCGCAGUCCCUACUUAUCGGCGUGGAUCCCCGGCAAUCAUAUCGCGUCACUGCCCACCAGCAAUUCGCAAUUUUGGGCCGGUAAUGAUCUGACCUGGUCGGUGAUUGCACGAGUGGACGGCGUCGCAUACAAUUUGUUCGGAGUGGCCAAGGCUCCCGACGGUACUAAGUCAGCCUCGGUGACCGGGGCCACCUAUACCUCGACGCACUCCACGUUCACGCUCGAGGCUGGAUCGCGCAAAUUCACUCUCGACUUCUUUUCGCCCGUGUCCCCCAAAAAUUAUGUGCGCCAGUCGCUGCCCUUCUCUUAUCUCACUGUCACCGUCUCUGCCGGCGACUCGAGCGUCGUGCAGAUCUACUCCGACAUCGAUGAUAGUUGGACGGGCCAGUCAAGCAACUCCCGUUGGAGUUCGUCCACUAAGGGAUCCACGAGCCUGUUCCAGAUUCAAGCGGUCGGCGCAGCCACCUACUCGCAGAACCACGACGGUCAAGCCUUGUGGGGCAGCGCCAUCUACGCCACCCGUCCGUCGGGCGGCAGCUCCCUCUCCACAGCCUCUGGCCCAUCGGCUUCGGUUCGGAAGCACUUUGUUGACAAGGGCUCCCUGGACGGCAAACAUCCCGACUGGUCUUCUGGCGGUGUCGUGGGCUUUGUGCAUGAUCUGGGAACUACCUCAAAGAAAGCGUCCGUGACCUUUGCCGUUGGCCAUGAGCGCGAAAAGUCGAUCGACUUCCUCGGUACAGACCAGACGGGCUACUACCGGUCUAAAUUUCCCGAGACAGCGGAUGCUGUUUCCCACUUCCUGGAUGACUACACCGACGCCAAUGACGAAUCGACCAGGCUGGACAAACUCAUUCAAGAUCUCGGUACCUCGACCUACGGCACUAACUACUCGGACAUUCUUGCCCUCUCGGUCCGCCAGGUCUAUGGGGGUAUUGAGGUAACGAUCCCCAACGAGUCAAAGGACACCAGUAAGACCAGUGCUUUCAUCAAGGAAAUCUCCAGCGACGGAAAUAUCAACACUGUGGAUGUUAUCUAUGCAACGUUUCCUAUAUUCUACAUACUGAGUCCCGAUUAUCUCAAGCUACUCCUGCGCCCGGUGUUCGAGUACAUGCGCUUGGAUGAUUACACGAAGACCUAUGCAGUGCACGAGCUUGGUGCGAACUACCCCAACGCGACUGGCCACCCAGCCGAUGGCGAAGAGAUGCCCAUUGAGGAGAGCGGCAACAUCAUCAUUCUCGCCUACGCCUACGAAAAGGCAACUGGAAACAAGGACUUGACGAAUACGUACGCCGCCCAACUCGAGCAGUACGCCAAUUACCUGCACCAGCACGGGCUGUACCCAGCCUCGCAGUUAUCGCUGAACGACGCGCUGGGGACCUUGGCCAACCAAACGAACCUGGGCGUCAAGGCCGCCGUCGGCCUGGCUACAUAUGGCGCUCUGACAGGUCAGAAGAACUAUACUACGGCAGGCAAGCAGUUUGCCGACCGCAUCUGGACGGACCAUCUCGGAACCGAUGACCAUGGGACUCGGUUCCUGAUUCAAUACAACACCAAGCCGUGGUUCCUCGUCUUCAACCAUUACCCAGACGUGCUGUUCGAUCUCAACGUCUUCCCCAAAGAGACAUACAACGCUACCGCCAAAUUCUAUCCGACCGUGCGUGGUCUAGCAGGAGUUGCUCUGCAUGGAUCACUUGGCUGGGGCCAGACGAACUGGCAGGCCUUUGUGGCGGCAACGGUAGACGGCAACGCCCGCGAGGUUUUCAUUAGUGACAUACACGCGUACAUUGCCAAUGGGCAGAACUCGGCCCCAUUCUCGGACCGAUACUGGGUCGAGGCCAAAAAUGGCCACAUCGUCGGGCAGUCAUACGCGUUCCGUGCUCGGCCCACGCUGGGGAGUCACUUUGCGCUGGCUGCUUUGAAGGGAGCUAAUCUCUGGUCGUCAUGA